CAGGGUGUGGACAUUACAGAGACGUCUCCCGAUCAACUGGAAUAAUCACAUUUCUUAUUUAAUUUGACUUGAUAUUUGACUUCAUGUUAGUCAUAUAAAGUGGUGGUUGUUCUAGUGACGCAUUAUACGUUUUUUGUUUGUUUUGAAAAUCAAAGUAUACUUGGAUACUGAAAGAAGAUGACAGAUAGUUACCUGGAUAGUUACCUGUGCUGCCAUAUUUGCUCAGAGACUUUCAGAGAGCCUGUUUCUCUGGGCUGCCACCACAGCUUCUGUUCCAGCUGCCUGGACAAAUUCUGGGAUCAGACCAAAAACAAGAAUUGUCCGGUAUGUAGGAGGAAAUGUUCCAAGGAUCAUCUAAAAGUUAACUUUCAGUUGAAGGAACUGUCUGAUAAAUAUGCUGGGAGACAGAAAGCAGGGGAGAAAGACAGUACUCUAGAUGAAGACAGAGCAGUGGUUUGUACUAAACACACAGAUGAACCUAAAUGGUUCUGUGAGGUGGAGCAGAGAGCUGUGUGUCACGUCUGUGAGUUUCCUGCACAUCAUGGACACACAGUGGUUCCCUUAGAACAAGCAGUGAAAGACCUGAAGGACAAACUAACCUCAGACUUAGACUCACUGCAGAGCACACAGGUUAAAUGUAAAGACAUAGAGGAGACAUACAACAAAAUGUUUCAAUACUCCAAGAAGCAGCUGGUGUCCACAGAGAGACAGAUCAGAGGGGAGUUUGAGAAGCUUCACCAGUUCCUGAGGGAGGAAGAGGAGGCCAGACUGGCAGCACUGAGGAAGGAAGAGGAGGAGAAGGGGAAGAUGAUUGCCAGAGAGAUGAAGCACAUUCAGGACCAGAUCUCUUCUCUCACAGAAAACAUCACUGCUGUGGAACAAGAACUCCAGAAACAAGAGGUGCCAUUUCUCAAGAGCUACAAACUCACACAGACAUUCUCCAGAGCCCAGGACACACUGCCGGAUCCACAGCUGGUCUCAGGAGCACUGAUAGAUGUGGCCAAACACCUGGGCAACCUGCAGUUCAGAGUCUGGGAGAAGAUGCAGGGGAUUGUCAAAUACACUCCUGUGAUUCUGGACCCCAACACUGCAAACAACUGUCUCUCUCUGUCUGAUGAUCUGACCAGUGUAAGUCAGACAGUCCCAACCCAGCAGCUCCCUGACAACCCAGAGAGGAACACCAUUUACAUCACAGUUCUGAGCUCUGAGGGGUUCAGCUCAGGAAAACACAGCUGAGAGGUGGAGGUGGGGCACCACCCUCAAUGGUAUAUAGGCGUGGCCAAGGAGUCAAUCAAAAGGCAGGAGAAAGUAAAAUAUUUUAACCCAGAGUUUGGAGUCUGGCUUUUAAUGCUGAGAAGUGGUAAGUAUCAAAUAAUAGGUAAAACCUUCACUCUGAAGAGGAGACCCCAGAGGAUCAGAGUACAGCUGGACUACGACAGGGGAGAGGUGUCCUUCUACGAUUCCAAAAACAUGACACACAUCUAUACUUUCAGAGAUACAUUUACUGAGAGACUCUACCCAUACUUUUUUAUUGGAAAGGUUGGUGAUGCUGACAACACUGGUAUACAGAUCUGCCAAUCAGAAGUGUCUCUUACAGUGAAGUCAUUCCAGUGAGAGAAUCAGAGUGAUGUCGUUAGGUUCUGACUCAUCUAUACCCAGAGAUUCAGAGUGAUGUCGUUAGGUUGUGACUCAUCUAUACCCAGAGAUUCAGAGUGAUGUCGUUAGGUUCUGGCUCAUCUAUACCCAGAGAAUCAGAGUGAUGCCGUUAGGCUGUGACUUAUCUAUACCCAGAGAUUCAGAGUGAUGUUGUUAGGUUGUGACUCAUCUAUACCCAGAGAAUCAGAGUGAUGUCGUUAGGUUCUGGCUCAUCUAUACCCAGAGAAUCAGAGUGAUGCCGUUAGGCUGUGACUUAUCUAUACCCAGAGAAUCAGAGUGAUGUCGUUAGGUUGUGACUCAUCUAUACCCAGAGAAUCAGAGUGAUGUCGUUAGGUUGUGACUCAUCUAUACCCAGAGAAACAGAGUGAUGUCGUUAGGUUGUGACUCAUCUAUACCCAGAGACUCAGAGUGAUGUCGUUAGGUUGUGACUCAUCUAUACCCAGAGAAUCAGAGUGAUGUCGUUAGGUUCUGACUCAUCUAUACCCAGAGAAUCAGAGUGAUGUCAUUAGGUUUUGACUCAUCUAUACCCAGAGAAUCAGAGUGAUGUCGUUAGGUUCUGACUCAUCUAUACCCAGAGAAUCAGAGUGAUGUCGUUAGGUUGUGACUCAUCUAUACCCAGAGACUCAGAGUGAUGUCGUUAGGUUGUGACUCAUCUAUACCCAGAGAAUCAGAGUGAUGUCGUUAGGUUCUGACUCAUCUAUACCCAGAGAAUCAGAGUGAUGUCGUUAGGUUCUGACUCAUCUAUACCCAGAGAAUCAGAGUGAUGUCGUUAGGUUCUGACUCAUCUAUACCCAGAGACUCAGAGUGAUGUCGUUAGGUUGUGACUCAUCUAUACCCAGAGAAUCAGAGUGAUGUCGUUAGGUUGUGACUCAUCUAUACCCAUAGAAUCAGAGUGAUGUCGUUAGGUUGUGACUCAUCUAUACCCAGAGAAUCAGAGUGAUGUCGUUAGGUUGUGACUCAUCUAUACCCAGAGAAUCAGAGUGAUGUCGUUAGGUUGUGACUCAUCUAUACCCAGAGAAUCAGAGUGAUGUCGUUAGGUUGUGACUCAUCUAUACCCAGAGAUUCAGAGUGAUGUCGUUAGGUUCUGACUCAUCUAUACCCAGAGAAUCAGAGUGAUGUCGUUAGGUUAUGACUCGUCUAUACCCAGAGAAUCAGAGUGAUGUCGUUAGGUUGUGACUCAUCUAUACCCAGAGAAUCAGAGUGAUGUCGUUAGGUUGUGACUCAUCUAUACCCAGAGAAUCAGAGUGAUGUCGUUAGGUUGUGACUCAGCUAUACCCAGAGAAUCAGAGUGAUGUCGUUAGGUUGUGACUCAGCUAUACCCAGAGAAUCAGAGUGAUGUCGUUAGGUUGUGACUCAUCUAUACCCAGAGAAUCAGAGUGAUGUCGUUAGGUUGUGACUCAUCUAUACCCAGAGAAUCAGAGUGAUGUCGUUAGGUUGUGACUCAUCUAUACCCAGAGAAUCAGAGUGAUGUCGUUAGGUUGUGACUCAUCUAUACCCAGAGAAUCAGAGUGAUGUCGUUAGGUUGUGACUCAGCUAUACCCAGAGAAUCAGAGUGAUGUCGUUAGGUUGUGACUCAGCUAUACCCAGAGAAUCAGAGUGAUGUCGUUAGGUUGUGACUUAUCUAUACCCAGAGAAUCAGAGUGAUGUCAUUAGGUUGUGACUCAUCUAUACCCAGAGAAUCAGAGUGAUGUCAUUAGGUUGUGACUCAUCUAUACCCAGAGAAUCAGAGUGAUGUCGUUAGGUUCUGACUCAUCUAUACCCAGAGAAUCAGAGUGAUGUCGUUAGGUUGUGACUCAGCUUGUCAUGCUGUGUUUAUUGUACUGCUGGGCUUCUGUCAUCUGACUGUUUUCUAUGGGGAUUAAGGUCUGUUUAAUAAUUAUACUGAAUUAUGAUUUAAGAGGUCAAAAGUCAAUUAUACAUUUUGUUAAAGUUAUCAGACUGUAAUAUAAUACAGUGUGUGUGUGUUUUAUAGUCAGAUUAUGUCAUGUGUAUCUGAGAGAGGAGCUGUGAGAUCUGUGUUUAUCUCUCCUGUUCUGGACAUAUGAUUUUCUCUCAAUCACUUUUGUUUGUUAUUUGAAUGACCUUUCUGUUGAGGACAUUUCAUAUAAUCCUCUGAUUAUAUAUUAUCAGCUGUUAAGAUAUUGUUUAUUAUAUAGUUUUUUUUAUCUAUUGAAUCAAUAUAUGGGUAGCCUACUCUGGAUUUCCUUUGCGAAUCACUAUCAAAUGUGACCUGUUCUGAUUUGAAUAACAUUCAGGCAUUAUAUAACAUGCAUCAUUUACUAUAACUACAGUAUGUAGUGUAAUGUAUGUGUAAUAUAUAUGCUGUUAGCCCAGUUACAAUGUGACCUGUUCUGAUUUGAAUAACAUUCAGGCAUUAUAUAACAUGCAUCAUUUACUAUAACUACAGUAUGUAGUGUAAUGUAUGUGUAAUAUAUAUGCUGUUAGCCCAGUUACAAUUUGACCUGUUCUGAUUUGAAUAACAUUCAGGCAUUAUAUAACAUGCAUCAUUUACUAUAACUACAGUAUGUAGUGUAAUGUAUGUGUAAUAUAUAUGCUGUUAGCCCAGUUACAAUGUGACAUGGCAAAACAAAUACACCUUUAAGUAUUACAUGUAUUAUUUGUUCAUCUCCGUUUCAGAUUAACUUGAUUUGUUGAAUAAAACACAUUUUUCCUCUGGUCAAUAAUAGGACGUCUCUGAGCAAUAAAGAUUAAGAAUCAAAG